AUGCAGGGAUCAUCAGAGAGUCAGCCACAAGGAAAUGGUAGAAGAAAGGUUAAAACAGGCUGCAAAACUUGCAAGGCUCGCCGUGUCAAGUGCGAUGAAAGUCGCCCCGCUUGCCGUCGCUGUGUCUCCACGGGCCGAGUGUGCAAUGGCUACGGCAUCUGGGGUGGCGGUGACAACAAAAGCCCAGUCCAAUGCAGCCAGGCCUUGUCGAUCCACCGUACACCCGUCCCUGAGACUCAGAGGGGUCUGACCUCCGAUGAGCUGAUGUCAUUUGAUUGGUUCAGGGAGAAAACAACCAAGAAGCUUGCUGGUCUCUUUACCUCGGACUUUUGGGAGACACUUGUGUUCCAAGCAAGUGUGCAAGAACCCGCAGUGCGACAUGCUGUUGUCGCGCUAUCAGCGGCACAUAGAUCCGAUUUCAGUCAUGGCCCGAGUGCCAUUGCCGCCCGUGGACCCAAUGCGGAGCAGUUCAUGUUGCAGAAUUAUAACAAGGCCAUCAGUUACCUGAGGUCUGCCUCAACAAGCGAGAAUGCGCCUGAUAUACGCGUGAUUCUGAUUACGUGUAUGAUCUUUGUGACAUUGGAAUACCUGCGUGGUCAUUAUACAUCAGGGAGCUCCCAUCUUCAAUAUGGAAUCCAGCUACUAUCGGAGCUUUCCCCACAUAGGUCAGACAGCAAAACAUUACCGCAAAUGUCACUGAAUCACACCACUCAAGCAACGGACUUUGCGCACAAUGCUUUGAUUGACUCCUAUGCCCAACUGACCAUUCAAUCGGCCAUGUUCGGCAUCUUUCCAUCCCACAUGUGCGUUACGACUCAUGAUCAACGGAUUUGCGCACAGCCCUACAAUUUUAAAUCUAUCAUCGAAGCACGGCAGCCGCUCGAUGACUUAUUGCACAAGGUGAAAUGUCUUAAGGAAGACUUUCAUGCUGCAAUUGAAACGGGAUCCACCAUUGAUCACACAGCCGCCCUGGCGACCCAAGCUUUUAUACAGCAAGAUCUCUUUGCCUGGCGUCAAGCUUACGACCGCCUAGUCGCCUCGUUACAGCCGAUCAUAAAUCUUCGCGAUCUCGCCGGCUCCAUCAUCAUCCGAGUUUAUUACGAAAUGGCAUCUGUGAUGGCGGGCGUUAGUCUGUCGGAGACCGAGAUGGCCUUUGACGCAUAUACGGACAACUUCACCGCGAUCAUUGCAGGAUUCCAUGAGCUAUCGCGUGCGUGGUCACUUUCGAAUGUUCAAACUCCGGACCCGAAGCCAGAUAUGGAAAGUGGGAACUUCCACGACCGUGGCUUUACUAUUGAAUCGGGUUACAUUCCACCUGUAUAUUACACGGCGAUGAAGUGUCGAAUCCCACAACUUCGCCGCCAAGCAAUUCAUGCGCUACGCCUCAUGCCACGCCGAGAGGGAAUUUGGAACGGGAUACUGCUAGCAGAUGUGCUUGACGAAGUCGUCGGCAUCGAAGAAGGGCGACCUCGGCCUGGUGACCCAAAUCCCGCGUCAAGAGAUCCGGCUAGUGGAGGCACAGAAAAUCAAGUGUUCAUGACUAGCGUGAACGAAUCGUCGCGGAUAUCAGACGUGAAAGUGCUUCUUUCUGAUACGACAGACGAGACGCAGAGAGAUACAUAUAUUGGCUAUAAGAAGAUGAUGUUGCAUGGGAACUGGGCAACAUGUAAACAGAAAAUCGAACGCCGGGCUGCAGUUACUUGA